AUGCCGGACGAGCUAGCACCACCCCGCAAGAGCGUAGAGCUGGAAGACCCCGGCGCGAAAGAGCUGGCCGACUCAAGCGAUGAGCACUUCUCCGAUGCUACCGAAGGCCAGCCUGCACGGUCGGACAUGACCUCGCCCAUCCCCAUCACACGAGUUGAGCGAGUCGACGACGAGCCAGCCCACGGCGAGGUUCCCGGAACAGACGCAUACAACAUGCGCACCCAAGACGCAGUUCCCGACGAGGUGGAGAUUGUACCAGAAGGCGCACGAAGUCGCAGUGCCUCGCGCGUCAGCGUAAACGACAGGCCUCUGACACCAGGAGGAACACCAGUGCCCAAGACAAUUGUCGAGAAGAUCGACCCCGACCAGCCCAGCUACGGCGAUGUUCCCGGUACACUUGCCCACCAGCAACGUCUGGCCGAUGCUACGCCUGACGUGGUUGUCAGAGCACCGGAGGAGCCUUCCCAGAGCAGCAAUCCAGGGUCACCAACCUCGCAUGACAGGUCCCCAAUAAGCCCGAGUGACGGCGCAACCGAAGCCGCACCUGAAACACUUGCCGAAGCCGACGCCGACGCCUCGAUUGAGCAAGACGACGACUUUGGCAACGCCGACGGUGACGACGAUGGUUUUGGCGAUUUCGACGACUUUGAAGAAGGCGAAGAGGGUGACGAUGAUUUUGGGGACUUUGACGAUGGGUUUCAGCAAGGCGAGGACGAUGCAGAGACAUCAUUUGAUAAGCCCCCAGAACAGCCUCCUGUACCUGUCCCCUCGCCAGGUCCUCCCGUCUUAGGCUUUGACCAACUCACAUCACUUGAAGAUAUCGUCUCAGCAACACAGCCAUACCUUGAUGACAUGUACCCUGCACAGGACGGCAUACCCACAAUAUCUACCAAUCCCGAGGAAACGCGGUCGAUAUUCCUCUCAGAACGGAGUCAUUCAUUAUGGACACAACUAGUCGCACCGCCGCCACUACAACCUCCCGACUGGGUCCGCUCGCGCAUACGGCGGCUGUUCUUGGUAUCCCUAGGUGUACCCGUCGACCUUGACGAGAUCCUCCCUGCAUCCAAACAAAAGAAGCUCAUCCUCCCUUCAAUACACAUACCCGGCGGCUCACCGCGCCCUUCUUCAGACGGUCGAAAUAACGGUGGUCCCUUGGGACGCAUCAAGCGCGAGAACGAAUCAUCCACUUCAGUUGACUCAUCAAGUUCAAAACCAGAGCGGAAACGCAAAGGACCGCCACCACCACCCGAACUGGACAUCAGCAGUACCAUGCAGCUUUGCGCGACAACAGAUGCAGCACUGCAAGGGCUGACAGACGAGGAGUUGAAGAUGCACAUCGACCACCUAAAGGGCCUGCAAGAAAGAGCAAAGGAGGUGUUUGAGUACUGGCAGAAGAGAUUAGAAAGUGCACUAGGCGACAAGGAUGCCUUUGAGCAAGUCAUCGAGAGUCUGGUUGCGCAUGCGAAGAAGCUCAGGUAG